CUCGCGAAGCUGAUAGUCACAACACCAAGGCCAAGCCUCAAGGCAAACACCUUCUCCAUUCGCCACGGCCAUGGACGCCGACGCCGACACGGUGGUGUUCGAGGCACCGGCGCACUUCCGCUUCUACAAGAGCGGCAGGAUAGAGCGCCUUAACCGGCCUCCCAUCCUCCCCGCCGGAGUCGACGAGGCCACCGGCGUCACCUCCAAGGACGUCGUCCUCGACGCGGACUCCGGCCUCUCCGUGCGCCUCUACCUUCCCAAGCUCCAGGAACCCUCCACGAAGCUCCCGGUCCUCGUCUACUUCCACGGCGGCUCCUUCCUCAUCGAGUCGGCCGACUCCUCCACGUACCACAACUACGUCAACGCCCUCGCCGCGGCGGCCGGCGUCCUCGCGGUGUCCGUCGACUACCGCCUGGCCCCGGAGCACCCGCUCCCCGCGGCCUACGACGACUCCUGGGCCGCGCUCCAGUGGGCGGCGUCGGCGCAGGACGAGUGGAUCCGCGAGCACGGCGACACGGCCCGCCUGUUCCUCGCCGGCGACAGCGCGGGGGCCAACAUCGUGCACGACAUGCUCAUGAGGGCGACCUCCAACGACGGCAGCCCGAGGGUCGAGGGCGCGAUACUGCUGCACCCGUGGUUCGGCGGGAGCAAGCCGGUGGAGGGGGAGCACCCGGCCGCGCCCAUGGUCACCGGGAUGCUCUGGUCCUACGCGUGCCCGGGCGCGGUGGGCGGCGCGGACGACCCGAGGAUGAACCCGCUGGCGCCGGGCGCGCCGGCGCUGGAGAGGCUCGGGUGCGUGAGGAUGCUCGUGACCGCGGGGCUGGCGGACGGGCUCGCCGCGCGCGACCGCGCGUACCACGACGCCGUGGCCGGCAGCGCGUGGGGCGGCACCGCGGCCUGGCACGGGUCCGAUGGGGAGGGCCACGUGUUCUUCCUCGAGAAGCCCGGGUGCGACAACGCCAAGCAGCUCAUGGACCGCGUCGUCGCGUUCAUAGCCGGCGCCUGACAGAGUUGGUCUGCAGAUCAUCUCCAUUGUGUUCGAGGGAAGUUGCUCUGCAUGAGUGAAUAAAUAGGUGAUGGCGCCUAGUUGGGGUUUAAGUUUGUCAGAACGGAGAGAGGGUUUUGGUGGAAUUGUCCUUGUAUUGAUUGAGCCUCGUGGGCAUACAUAUAUGAAUACAUGAUCUAUUUGAAGUA